AUGAAAGUGAUUCAAUUAGGCGGUGCAAACGAUGGAUUAUGUCACUUUCUAAGCUUCAAUGGCUUUGAAAUGCUGUUAGAUUGCGGUGUGAAGAUGCAGUCACUUCAAUGUGAUUCACAACAGUAUGGUAGCUCUAUAUACCAUUUGAAGCUUCCAGCAUUACAUUCAGUGGACAUCGAAGCCUUGGAUAUUGUACUAUUGUCCAAUCAUCUCACUUUAUUGGCUCUACCAUUAUUGACGGAAGUUUUGGGCUUUAAAGGAAGAAUUUACGCGACAAAGCUCACGAUCGACUUUGGUCGAGUGGUUUUAGAAGAAUUGGCGUCAUUGAAUCAAGGCAAGAAUAAUGCUGUUUUUACUACUGAGAGUGUAGUGGACGGGAUGGAGGAGACAGAAAUGGUAAUGUUUUCGUUGGAAGAGAUUGAAAAAUGUUGCCAGAAAAUCUGUUGUGUAGAAUACAGCGAGGUUGUAACCAUGGCCUAUGGUGUACAAGUUACAGCAUUGAGUUCAGGAUAUAGCUUGGGUGCGAGUAUUUGGCUUGUGGAAGGACCGAACGAUCGACUGGCGUAUGUAGCAGCAUCCUCGGGAGACUACAAUCGUCACCCAAAAGAACUGGAUCUGCUGCCACUAAUUGAUUGCGAGACUCUACUUUUGACAGAUUUGAAACCAGACCGUGAUCCGCAUGCCAAUACGGAACGCAUGAUGGAACGAGCACUCAGUGGAGUAACUCGCGUGCUCGAGCGCAGCGGCGUUUGUAUCGUAAUAACAUCGCCUUGUGGUGUAAUGUUUGACCUUGUGGAAGCUGUGUGUGCUGCAUAUCGACACAACAAACAUAAUGCUCCUAUGUACUUUAUCUCGGACUAUGCGUCGCGCGUUAUGGAGCUUACGCUACUUGGAGCCGAAUGGCUUUGCGAGAAGAAGAUUGAAAAAUUAUAUGCAGGUGAAGACGCAUUCUUGCACGAGUCUUUGCUGAGAAGCAACUUGUUUCAUGCAGUUGCGGAAGUUUCAGCAGCCACAGCUGCUACUUUGCAGAAUGGAAGUAUUCUUUUUGUCGGGCAUCCAUCUCUGAAGUUCGGACGGGCACCGGAAUUAAUCCAUAUGUUAGGAAACGACAGUCGCAACGCUAUUCUUCUGAUCGAUCCAUCAGUUGAGCCGACCGAGGCUUUUGCUCCAUUUCAAGAUUUGAAGAUUGAAAAGAUUGCUUGCUCAAUCGACCCGCGAUUAAGCUGUGGUGAUGCCAAUCAGCUCAUAGCCCGCUGCUCUCCCCACAACUUGAUUGUUCCUUACGAGUAUACCAUUGCAUCACCAGCAAGUGCAGUAGAAGGAGACACAAUGUCAUCACAUUUUACGCGCGUACUUCCACUCCACGAACUGAUUGCAGCAAAGUCGAAGACGGAGCUGCUAACGUAUCCCAUGAAACAGUUUGAGCCGAUUGUGAUCGAAAAAGCAUCAAAGUAUUUGGAAGGAAGGCUCGAUCCAAAGCUUGCUGCACAGGUCCCAAUCACGGAGGUGAACGGAAAAGCGGCGGCAUGUAUAAGUGGCGUGCUCAAUGUGAAGCGGAAAGCAUUUGUGUUAGAACCAUUUCCAAUGGCUCCUGUCACACCGCCAUCCUCGUUGACGAGUAACGAAUCGAAGCCAAAGGGAUCGGGAAAGCGCAAGGUGUCAACGAAUAUGGACUCAAUUUCUAGCGGUACGCUCCAGAGUUUUAACUACGAGCAAAAGAGCAGCUUCCUCUUGGGCCAGGUGGAUGAAGAUAAGCUGACGAAGCAAGUGAAAACGCACGAUCCACAAGCACAGGUGUACAUUUCACAAGGCCAAGGAGAUGCAGACGUGUUCAUGAGCAUCCCUUCGCUUGAAGCCCGAAUUACAUUGUGGAAAGAAACCGGGAAGACACUGGUCGAGACAGAAAAAGAGGAUGCUCGUGCCUUGUUGACGUCAUUCAUCUUGGCACAGCUCGUAGUCAUCGCCCAAGGCUAG